CCACGAUGUCAGCUACGGCGAUUUCCGCUCACAGCCUUCAGAUUAAAAGCAUCGGCUAAACGGAGCAGCUAUAGAAAUAUCCGGAAGUAAAGCUGCAGUUUGCCAACGUUUGACUUUACUAAGUUUCAUGUAAAGUACAUUCGAGAGCAAAGUUGUACUUACAUAGGCUACAGUGCUUGAGUGGACCUCAUUUCCACGACUUUUGGUCUCUCAGACUGUUAUAGUGAAGGACAUUUUCAGUGUUUUCCAAGUUCUAUUAUUGUUAUUAGUGAUUUUUAAGACAUUGGCUGAGGCACCAUCAGCUGAUGAGAGUUUUUCUAAAAGACAAGGGGAAGCAAUUUUAUCUGUAGAGCACCUUUUAACAACAAGGCUAUUCAAAGGGCUUUACCUAAGACAAAAAGUUAUGAAUAGAAGAUAUAAAAGAAAAAUAAGGCAAUAUGUAAAGACAUAUGAAUAGAAUUUGAAAAAGAGUAAAACAAACUGAAACAGAUAAAGUUUAGCAAAAAUAGAAACAGUGGAGUAAAAAUGGGUGCUGUUACAGGUCAGUGAGACACGUGAAUAAAUAGCACCAGAUUUAGUUCAAUAAAAAGUCCUCAGCCCUGAUUUAAACAAACUGAGAGUUGUCGAGCAGAUCUGCGGUUCAGAUAUAAGGAGCAUCAAAACUGAAUGCGGCUUCUACAGGUUUAGUCUGGAAUCUGGGGACAGUACGCAGACCCGUCCCGGACCACCUGAGAAGGUCUGGACUGUAGGGACACUAGGCAGAUCUGUCCCAGACCAUCUGCGAGGUCCCGAUGGUGCAGAACGGAGCAGCAGAUCAGAAAUGAACCAUCCAGAGUCCCACAAACCAACGGGGGCUGUUUUAAGAUCCAUUCUUUAACAAACAGAUCUGGACUGAUGUGGUCCCUCCUGGUCUUGGCGAGGACUCUGAAUCUGCCGCAGCAGUCUGAUCUGAGACUCGAGUCCUUCAGUCUUUGAUAAAUGCGGAUGUUAAAUUUUAGAUCUGGGUCCGGGACCGCUGCUACCUCCUCCCUUCCCUUCCUUUCCUUCCCUCCUUGCUUCCUCUCCUUGCCCCUGGCCUCUUAUUGGCUGUCAGGCUGCUCCGCUCCCAUUGGCUGACGGCAGCAUAAAGGCGGAGGCCGGACGAUGCUCGGGGUCAGUGCGGCUGGAAACUUUCCGACGCCGCCGGUGAACGUGAAACUCGCGCGCACUCACGCACGAUGCGCGUUGCCGUGUCUUAAUCGCAUCGCAUCGCACGAAAACCCGCAGAUAUUCGUCUUUUCCGAGUUUCCAUCCCCUUCGUGACUCCAACAUGCGGCUGUCUCUCCUCUGCGUCUGGACGAGCUGGAUUUUAACCCUUCACACCGCGGCUCAGCAUCAUCCUCACCGGGAGGAGGGAGGCGUGCAGCCCGGGCACCGGCAGGGGGUCCGGGCCGGGCGGCGGAGGCAGAGCGCCGGCCGACCGACCCCCCCGCGGCCGUCGAGGGGAACCGGGGCGAAGCUCGGAGGAGGGCAGGCCGAUGGCCGCGGGAGAGCGGCUCCGACCGGUCCUCAUGUCUGUGGAGAUCAGUGCUGUGUCGGAUGGACGUUGUCACCUAAAACCAGGAGAUGCACCAAACCCAGAUGUUUUCCCCGCUGCCACAACGGAGCGUUGUGCCGACAGUCUAAUCGCUGCGUUUGCCGACGAGGUUUCCACGGUUCUCGCUGUGAGUCUUCUGUGCCAGGACAGCAGCUGACCUCCAUCCAUCCCACCGUCAUCCCACGCCGGCCUCCUGUCCAGUUCGACCCCCCCCGCAACCCUCCAGAACCAACUCAGAGACUCACCAAACCUGCUCAAAGCCACGUUACUGCAGCUCGCUCUGGUCCUGCUGCCCUUUUACCUCCACCUGCCGCCACCGCAGCUGCUAGAAUAACACAGAUGGCCAGCGUACCUGCCAUUUUAAGGGCUAAAACAGGAGCCUCAGACCUGGAUCCAUCCUCUACUCCAGCUGAAACCCACAACAAAGAGGAGGAUGCUAGGAUCCCCAACUCUGGUCCCGCUAAAUUUGGAAAUUUUGGACUCCAAAUUGAGGGUGUUCUCGCAAAAGCUGAGGACAAAGGAGGUGUUUACAAAAGGUUUUCAAUGCAGGAGGAGAACCAAGCCUCUCUGAAAGGAGAAGAGGUGAAGAUGAAGCCCACUGCUGAGGAAACACCAGCGCAAGCUGACACUAAACCCACGUCUAACAACCUCCAACCCUGGACAGGGGACAACAGAGACAGGGAGGAGGGAGCAGAGGUCACAGAAAAAACUCCAAACCUAAGUUCUGACUCAGAGUCUGAGGUGGAGGAAGCUUCACAGCCGAAUUCAGAGAAAAGACUCGAAUCCUUUCAAAUCUCAGAUGUGGAGUCUAAGCCCGACACAGAGUCUCUCUCGGGGGCUGAGACUAAAGGAAGCUCUAAGACAGAAGGUGAGAGUGUGAUCCAACAGUCUGAUUCAGCACAAAGAUCAACGACCUAUAUCAUCCCGAAUCUGGAGGCGAACUUGAAGCCUAAAGUAGAGAGAGGAGAAUAUUUGGGGUCUAAAACCGGGUCUAAGGUAGAGGACAGACCAGAUGAAAAAACUACUAUAUGGUCCAAGUUAGAAGAAAGUGAAGGAACCUCCAAAAGCUCACAGGAAGAGUUUGAUUUAGGGUCUAGAGUAGAGGAGCAAAGACCGACGAGCCCAGGAUCAGACUCCAGGUCUGAUCCUGGGCUGAGGGGACAGAAAAGUGUGGAUGCUGGAGAGACGAGGAGGACGGAGGAGGUGAAGACGGGAAGAGCAAAGAAGCAGACGCUGAGUCUGAGGGAGGCCCAGGCGCUGCUGCAGAGGAAGACUCUGUCACGGGGGGGGAGAGGAGACAAGAUGGCCGCCCUGCUGAUGAAGCACAUCGAGAAGGAGAGGAAGAAGCUCGGCUCCGUGACCUCCUCUUCCUCCGCUUCUAACUCCUCCUCGUCACCGGCAUCCUCAGUAAGAACCAGUGUGACGAGUUUCCACACUCAGAAGGGCCAGUACACCGUCCACGUCACUGCAGCCACAGCUGAUGGACAGACAGCCACGGGAGGAAGAGGAAGAGGAGGAGGAGGGGUGGAGAGGAUCCAGGUGAUGUUCACGCCGACCAUCUGCAAGGUGCGCUGCAGCCAGGAACGAUGCGUCAACUACUGCGAGAGAGGCAACGUGACCACGCUGUACAGCAGCAGCAGCAGCGAGGGAGGAGGAGGAAGGAGAGACAGCUCCCACGGACCCGGUUUCAGAGUCUUCCUCUGCCCUCUGCUCUGUAAGAACGGAGGCAUCUGUCUGCAGAAGGACCGCUGUCUCUGCCCGCCACAAUUCACCGGGAAGUUCUGCCAGAUCCCCGUCGCGCCCAGCUCCGCCGCAGCUGCCGCCGCAGCAGUCUCGCCAGUCUCCACCAAUGAGAUCGUCAAGCCUGCGAUCCUCUCUGCCGCGGCAGCCAAUCAGGAGCUGACCCGGUCGGAGUUCCUCCUGCCGCUGGGACAGAACCAGGGGGCAGCGAGCUCUGGAGCUCACAGUCCGUCCAUGGUGAAGGUCAGAGUGCAGCACCCCCCAGAGGCCAGCGUGAAGAUCCACCAGGUGCUGAAGGUGUCUGGUUUCAGUCCCACCCUGCGGACGCUCUCCUCCCCCUCCUCCUCGGGCUCAGCGGGUGCUCCGGCUCCAGGGGGUAGGGGGGUUCAGGCCCAGACGUUGAGGGGGGAAGGCACGUACAGCCAGCACUCCGGGUUCAAGUACUGCUUCAGAGAGGUCAAAGACGGACAGUGCAGCUCUCCUCUGCCUGGACUGAGGAGCAGGGAAAUGUGCUGCAGAGGGAUCGGGAAGGGCUGGGGAAUCACCGACUGUGUCCUCUGUCCGGAUAAUACAGGUCAAAGCAACAGUAGCUGUCCUGCUGGUUUUGAGCGAGCCAAUGGAACGCAGUGUGUUGAUGUGAAUGAGUGCCUCCAGCCGUGGCUGUGUGAGAACGGGAUCUGUGUGAACACCAUGGGGAGCUAUAGCUGUGUGUGUAGGGCGGGGUUCAUCCUUGACGCCUCACAUGGAAUCUGCAUCUCCCAGAGUGUGAUAUCAGAGGAGAAGGGUCAGUGUUACCGGGUCCUGGGCUCAGGUCAGGGUCUGUCCUCCUGCUCCUUGCCCAUCCUCAGGAACAUCACCAAACAGAUCUGCUGCUGCAGCCGAGUUGGCAAAGCCUGGGGUCCUGACUGCCAGAGAUGUCCUUACUUUGGUUCAGUGGCCUUUAAGGAGAUCUGUCCAGCCGGUCCUGGUUAUCACUACUCAGCUUCUGUCCUGCAGUUCAACCAGAGAGUGACCGAACAGCUGGGGGGCCGAGGAGCCCCGCUGCUAACCCACAGCAGCCAGGACAACCAGGGUCCUGAUUCUGGAUCCAGUAGCAGCGGAGCCUCCAGGGCUCAGCAGAAACCCACUUCCUCUGGAGGGACAGCUGGUGGAGCAAGUACUCCGCUGACUUCUGCUUCAAGUGUCGGCUCCAGCGCUGGAUCAGCUGGUACCAGCAGUACCCAGACCAGACCCAGUCUACCUCAGCCUCAACCCGGGCAUCCGUCUCAGCCCCAGACCCGUCCGGCUGCCGGCUCUCCUUCCACCAGGCCAGUACAGCCUGGUAGCACCGACACCACGGCUACCCAGGACAAAUCCCAGACUCCUGGCAGACCUGGGACCCAGCAAAGCCAGUCUGAGUCUGCUCCAUCGUUCACAACGCAACAAAGACCACAGCCUCCGUCCACCGGGAGUCAAGCAGGCGGUCGUUCCUCCUCCGUGUCCCGGCUGGAUCAGCCGCCAGUGAGAGGGGACUCUUUACCUGCUCCGGCCCAGCCACAGAGCCCAGAGCGUGGGUCCAGACCCAGCGAAGAGCUCCCUCCUCUGCAGAAAAGACCAGCUGUCAGCCCGACGAGUAGAGUCCAGACAGUGCGAAGUGUGUGUGAGAGCAGACCAGCUGUGUGUGGGCGUGGCCGCUGUUUGGAUCAGCCAGGUGGGAAACACACCUGUGUGUGUGAUCAGGGAUACCAGCCCAACUCUCAGCGCACAUACUGCCAAGAUGUGAACGAGUGUGAGCAGUCUCCAGGUGCGUGUUCGGUGGGGGAGUGUGUGAACACCAUGGGAAGCUACAGGUGUGUGUGUCCCUCUGGAUACAGGAGCAGCAGCCAGCAGACCAGUUGUCAAGACAUCGACGAGUGCCAGCUGAACCUCUGCAGGAACGGUCGCUGUGACAACAUGCCGGGCAGCUACAGGUGUGUCUGCGGCCUGGGCUACAGGCUCACCGGCAACAGCUGCACAGACGUGGACGAGUGUGAGGACCCUCGGCAGUGUCCAGGUCAGGAGUGUAUCAACAGUCAGGGUUCGUACCGCUGUGCGUCCUGUCAGCCCGGGUAUGGACUGCUCAACAGGCUCUGUACAGACAUCGAUGAGUGUCGCCAGGCUCCCUGCUCCAACGGCCGCUGUGAAAACGCGCCCGGAAGCUACCGCUGCGUCUGUCACCAUGGUUACGAGCUCCAGAACAACACCUGUGCAGAUGUAGAUGAGUGUGCGGAGCCGUCUCAGUGUCCUGGUCAGAUGUGUGUGAACUCUGUGGGCUCGUAUCGCUGUGUGUCCUGUCGACAAGGAUACACGCUGACCAACAGACAGUGUACAGAUGUAAAUGAGUGUGAGAACAGUGAGUCGUGUCCUGGUCAGCGGUGUGUGAACUCUGAAGGCUCCUACAGCUGUGUGGGCUGUCAGCAGGGAUACCACAGCGUGGACGGAGUGUGUACAGAUGUGGAUGAGUGUGUGAAGCCAGGUGUGUGUUUGGACGGUCGCUGUGUAAACACCGAAGGCUCCUUCCAGUGCCAGUGUCAAACUGGCUUCACCGCCAACCCCGAGAAGACCACCUGCCUCGAUGUUGACGAGUGCGUCUUGUCCGGAGGGUCAGUUUGUGGGUCGCGGCGUUGUGAAAACACGAUUGGUUCGUACCGCUGCCUCACUUCCUGCGAGCCGGGCUACCAGGUGACACACACCGGCAAUUGUGUAGAUAUCAACGAGUGUGCCAAUAAGACGGUGUGUGGGGAUCACGCCUUCUGUCAGAACCUGAUCGGAACCUACUUGUGUAUGUGUGACCAGGGCUUCACCUCCACCGCUGAUGGAAAAGCCUGCGUGGAUGAGGACGAGUGUGUGUCUCUGCAGGGUGUGUGUGGUUCGGCCCGUUGUGAGAACGUGGAGGGAUCCUUCAUAUGUGAAUGUGACGGCCCGGGAGAGUUUGACACUACGACCAGAACGUGUGUCAGCACUGUUCAACCAGCAGAGACGGUCCCCAGCUACCCCUCCUUUCCCUUCCACGCCGGCGCGGUGGAGCUGGAUCCGGUGCCGCCCCCCCUCCCCGCAGCUCGUCCCGGCGAGCUGAGGGAGUGUUACUACAACCUGUCCGAGCGAGGAACCUGCGGCCUGCUGGCCUCCAACACCAGCCAGCAGGAGUGCUGCUGCACGGUGGGGGAGGGCUGGGGGCUGAGCUGCCGGUACCACGCCUGCCCCCGCGCAGACACAGCCGAGUUUCUGUCCCUGUGUCCCAGCGGGAGAGGAUACGUUACCACUGGACCAGGAGCCUUCAGCUACAGAGAUGUGGACGAGUGUAAGCGCUUCCAUCCGGAGGUGUGUAAGAACGGAGUGUGUGUCAAUAACAUCCCCGGGUACAACUGCUACUGCCCCAGCGGAUACGUCUACAACAGCACGCUGCUGGAGUGCGUCGAUCACGACGAAUGUGAGGAGGAGAGCUGCGUCGGAGGAGUGUGUGUGAACACGGUGGGUUCAUAUUACUGCAGCUGUCAGCCUCCUCUGGUGCUCGAUGACACGCAACGAAACUGCGUCAACUCCUCGCACCUCACUGUGGAUGAGAACCUGUCUGUGUGCUGGCAGCACCUCUCAGCGGACAUGAUGUGUCAGAGUCCUCUGCUGGGAGCCCAGUUCACCUUCACCGACUGCUGCUGUCUGUACGGGGAGGGCUGGGGCAUGGAGUGUGCCCUCUGUCCGUCCACCGACUCCGAGGACCACGCCUUCCUGUGCAGUUCGCGUCCUCCGCCCAUGUUUCCGAGCUUUCCGGACUCGAGAGGACCAGACGCAGGAGUGAGACUGGGAGCGGGACGGGGAGGAGCGAGCGCCCCUCCACAUUUCCCCCCCUACAGCCCGGACUCCUUCCCCCCAGCUCUUGUUCCCAGCAGAGACUUCAGUCGUCCUGACUAUCACGAUUACUCUCCGGCAGGGGGCAGCAGGUUGGGCUUCAGAGGGAGGACGCCGGCCUCCUUCAGCCUGCCGGACGGAGGCUAUCGCCGGGCCGAGUACGGCACUGGUUACUACUCUGAGGGAGACUACGGCUCCCCUGACGGCUCCCCGCCCCGGCCUCCAUCCUUCGGCCUCCCAGCGGACCCCCGGUCUGAGACGGCGUUCGGAGCCCAGCCGCCUCCUCCGUCCAGGCCUGAUGGUCCUCCCCUCAGCCUGGCCCCGCUGCCCGGAGGUCCCUACGAGGAGCAGGAGGAGGACGAGGAGGAGGAGGAGGAGGACGAGACUUGGAGGCCGGGCCCACCGUUCCCUUCCUUCACUGAGAGGAGAGGAGGAGGAGGAGGAGGAGGAGCACCGUGGAGGGCGUAUGAGAGGCAAUUUGAUUCCUACGCCAGCCUGAGUGCAGCAGAGGACUGUGGGAUACUGCACGGCUGUGAGAACGGCAGGUGUAUCCGCGUCGCGGAGGGAUACACCUGUGACUGCUACCAAGGAUACGAACUGGACAUGACCUCCAUGACCUGUAUAGACGUAAACGAGUGUGACGACAGCGUCAGCCUGGACUUCCCGUGCGUGAACGCUCGCUGCGUGAACACCGAAGGCUCGUUUCGCUGCGUCUGCAGGAGGGGAUACGUCAUGUCCCGCAGACCGAACCACUGCGUGGCCGCAUAGACCCCAUCAAACCAGACCGGACUCCAUUAGACCAGUAUAAACUGGUCUAGAGAAUCUAAGACUGGACUACACAAUGGCAGACUGGGCUAAAGUAGAUUAGAAUAAACUGGCUUGGGCUUUACUAUAGGACCAGAUUUGACAAACUAGACUUGAACCAGGAUAAAGAUGUACUGGAGUGAAAUACUCUAGAUUGCACUAAACUGGGCAGGACUAGACUAGACUAGACUGGGCUGGGCUGGGCUGGACUGGGCUGGGCUGGGCUUGUACAAAAUUGGGUCACUCCCGAUCAAAGAGUAGAUUUACAGCCCGUCUUAGCUCCUACUCUGUUUCUCGCUGUCAGUUUCUCCGUACUCUCUCUGACAGUUGGUCUGCGUUUUUCCGUACAUGUCGUGGGGUCACGUUGCCUUGUAGUUUUUUUUUGUUUUUUUUUUUGGGGGGGGUCUAGAAAACAGAUUUACUGGAUUUUCUCCGCAAAAAGGAAAAAGGAGGAAAAUACCUUUGGUUGUAAGAGUUCAGACUGGGACCAGGAUCAGGUGACGGUGUAAUUAAGUGACUGUACAACCAGUAGAUUAUCUCACUUUAGCGUUAGCCUGUGAAGUCGAACUGAAAUUUGAAUUCUCCUCACUAUCUCGGUAAGGAAGGGUGAUUUAAAAUGAUUCUGGAGCCACUGGAGGACUGAAGGAUCGUAGUAGCCGCCGAGUCCAGUGUUCAAGUGAAUAUUCUGGCUCUGUUUUUUCUUAGCUCGUUAGCCCACUAGCUAACAGAGUCUAAUCCAACAACAGCGUUCCAGUUUCCUUAAGAGUAACUAAACACUAAAUCCACCUUUUUUUUAGGUUGGUAUAUUACACAGUACGUACAGUCAUUUUAUUACACAGUCAGUCUCAAAUCCUGGUCCCGGUCUGUGGUUUUAACCGUAACAGCAGAUCUCUUAAAAAAAAAAA